AUGCGUGCGUUCGUUCGUUUGUUCUUUCUUUCUUUCUUUCAAACAUGUAGAUGUUUAUUCUGUUCCUCUGUUAUUCUCCUUCGCUUCUUUCUUUCUUUCUUUCUUUCUUUCUUUCUUUCAGGCAUUUGCAUGAUUAUUAUUUCUGUCAUUCUCCCUCACAUUUUGUUUCUUACCAUCUUUCUUUUCGUUUUUUACUCCUUUCUUUUUUCUUUCUUUUAUAUUCUUGCUUUCCCUCUUUCUUUCUUUUAUAUUCCUUCUUUCUUCCAGGCAUUUAUAUGUCUGUACUAUUUCUAUAUCUUUCUUUCUUUCUUUCUUUCUUUCUUUCUUUCUUUCUUUCUUUCUUUCUUUUUCGCUUUCUUUCUUUCAAGCAAGCAUAGACGUUUCUCUAGUUUCUUUGUCAUUCACCCUCUUUGUUUUCUUUCUUUCUUUCUUUCUUUUUUUCAGCCCCCUUACUCUUCCUCUUUUAUUUUCACCCUUUAUCUGCACUUCACCCCCACUGACCUUUUUAUUUACCCUUUUUGCCUUUCACUCACCGUCGGCCAUAUUCUUUUUUUUUUUUUUUUGCUGUUGUUUCAUUCUCUUGAUGCCUUUUCAGAAACUUUUACUCCUACUGACAACAUUACCCUCCAUCCACUUUUAGAGGUUUCCAUCCUCCUUCUUUAA